AAAAAAAACACAAAUACACAAAUGUUAGGCUUUCAAUUUCAGUACGUUCUAUUUCCAUUUUAACAACAUCACUGAGUUCUUACCGGCACAGACACAAUCGCCGUUCAUGAAUUCCCCUCCGGCGAAGUCCAAGCAAUCAAACGGCGCUCCACCGUCGUUGUUAGUCCUCCUUGAUGAACUCAUUUCAGAAAUUCUUUCACGGCUUCCUGUCAAAACUCUAAUGCAAAUAAAAUGUGUUUGCAAGUCAUGGAAAACCCUAAUCUCCGAUCCCGCCUUCGCCAAAUUGCACCUUCAGCGAUCGCCAAAAAACACUCACUUCUUACUGAUACCAGAAUGGUCUAUGCCUGACGAGGAUUGGGAUUGCAGUGUCGUACCCUUUACCGUAACUGAUUUGAUAGAGAGCCCAUUGCUCAUCAUUGGCAACUAUCGAUUGAGGUGUAUCACCAUUUCCUAUGAUCAUCGGUCUCACUACCGAUUGAGGAACAUGGAUUGCUGGAAGAUAGUUGGUUCAUGUAACGGAUUGCUCUGCUUGAUCGGUGGUUCUGAUCCUUUGGCUAUUGAGAAUCAAACCUGGUUCCGUUUUUGGAACCCAGCCACGAGGACAUUAUCUGAAAAAUUAGGUUAUCUAAGUCUAGCUAACUCUUACAGGUUCACAUUCGGUUAUGAUGUUUCAACUGACUCUUAUAAGGUCUUGGCUUUCUCUACAAACAAGGUGAAAGUUUUUAGUUUGAGUGACAAUGUUUGGAAAAACAUUGAAUGUUUUCCAUCUGUACCUUUUGGCCUUCAUCCUAGUAGUCUCCGUUACCCAUUUGUGAAUAAUGGCGUGUAUAUAAGUGGUACUAUUAACUGGCUGACUAUUCGAAAUAAGACUGAAUAUGAGUGGAAUGACAUUACCAUUGAGCAAUUUGUGAUUGUCUCGCUCGAUCUUGCCACGGAGACUUACCAGGAGUUGUUGCCACCUCGGGGUUUUGUUGAAGUACCACCUGUCGAGCCAUCUGUAAAUGUGUUGAUGGACUGUCUUUGUUUUUCUCACCGUGCCAAGGGAACUCAUUUUGUUAUAUGGAAAAUGAUGGAAUUCGGAGUUCGAGAGUCUUGGACUCUAUUCCUCAGAAUUAGUUUUCAAAGUCUUCGAAUUUACCAUGGCAUUGAUGAUUGGCUGGCAUAUGGUUCUCAAUUGUUUCUGUUCCCUUUGUAUUUUUGUGACAGUAGCGACACACUGAUUAUUGCAAGCAACCAAGGAGGUGAUGGUUUUUACAACCAACAUGCAAUUGUCUAUAAUUGGAGAAAUAAUAUAGUAGAGGAAAUUACAUCAAACCACAAUGAUAUAUUGUGGUUUUAUACCAAGGGUUAUAUUGAAAGCUUGGUUUCGACCUGUCCAAAGACCACACCAUCAACUUCAAGCACAUAUGGUAUUGUUGACGGUUGAUGGUUUGGUAGGAAGAAAGGAAAAAAGCAAUAUUGAAGUUAUAUUUUCUUCUGAUUUAGUGCUCAUUUGGCAGGAAGAAAGGAAAAAAGUAUUAUUGGAGCUAUAUUUUCUUCAGUUUUAGUAAUCAUUUGGUAUAAGAUGUUUAUGGCUCUCUUGAUUCCUCUUUUGGACCCCUUUGUAAGUGUAUAGAAUUUACCGCAAAAUAUGUUUUGUUUUUCAAUUGUACUCCUAUUUGUGUAAGAGAGCCACUCGGAAGAAUUAUUGUUGCUUAAACAUCCAACUGUUUUACGAUGAUAUCAACCUUGGUUUUGGCAACACAAAUUUUAUUAUGUACAUGUGAUCCUCCCCAAGCCCAGCGGUACAUUAAACCACUAGCGUUGAGACACCUUUAGUUUUUGUUGCAGAAGAAUGAACUCUAAAACUUGUCUGAGCACAAUUGCAGUUAUCUUUGGAUUGUCUAAAAGUACAUUCUUUGCAAUACAUUAAAAUAUUUUUCUCAUCAUUUAAAAUGACACUGUUUGGUAUCAUAUUGGUGAUGGUAAUGUUGUUUAUAAUGACGAGUGUGUGAGUUGGCUCAACUUGAGGGAACCUAACUCGGUGGUUUAUAUAUGCUUUCGGAAUCUGUAUAGUCUCGUUAGGGAGCAUUAUUUGGAGAUAGAGAGUUGGAUUGCGGUGUAUGGUUCAUUUGGAUGAUGCUUGAGGAUGACGAUGGGUUCUGUGUGGUUGUAUAGGGUUUCAAUUUCAAGAGAGGGAUGUGUUUCACACAGGUUGAUCUCGAAGCACCCUGCAGUUGGAGAAUUCUUAAUUCAAUGGUUAAAAUUAAGUUGCGGAGGGGAUAGGCGCUGGAGUGACCAUUAUCUAAUCUUCGAGAGAUUUUGUCCACUUCAUUGGCUUAAAACACAA